UCCUCUACCUCCCGUCACAAACACGGAAGCAGCAUGGCGUCCGGCAGCGGCUCCGGCUCCGACAGCCAGCAAAUCUCCCAGCAGAGGUUGAGGAUAAUUGCAGGGCAUUUGCGAGCACCAACGGAUAGCGGUUCUGGCAUAGUAGCCACUGAGUGUAAAGCCCAGGGGAGCGAAGCGGAUGUCCCACACCAGGAGAAGACGACUAUGCCGAGAAGGAGGCAGGAGAUUAUGAAAUGGAAUGGUUGGGGAUACAGCGAUUCCAGGUUCGUCUUUAAUAAAAAAGGCCAAGCAGAAUUCACUGGCAAAAGAUAUAGAUUAAGUGGUUUGAUCAUCCCUGGGCUGAAAGACUGGUUUGAAAGCACGUUUGGAGGCAGUCUGCAGGACAAAACUCCGGCAACACCCCUCCUAAACAGCAGUGCCAUACCAGCUCCCACUCUCAACCAGCCAUUUGAGGAGGAUUUGAAAUCAUCUGGUAUUCCCUUCUCGCAUGAUGCCGAGGACCGCGUAUUCCGCAGCCAUGGGCAUUGCUUACAUGAGAUCUUUGCCUUACGAGAAGGGAGAUUCGGUCGCCUUCCCGAUGUGGUGGUGUGGCCCAAUUGCCACAAUGAUGUUGUCAAACUUGUGGAACUGGCAUGCAAACACAAUGUUUGUCUGAUACCAUACGGAGGCGGCACAAGUGUGUCCAGUGCACUCGAGUGUCCUGCAGAUGAAGCUCGCUGUAUCGUCUCUCUGGACACCUCUCAGAUGAAUCGCAUUCUGUGGAUUGAUGAAAAAAAUCUAACUGCUCACUUGGAAGCAGGCAUCGUUGGUCAGGACUUGGAGCGACAGCUUAAUGAGAAGGGAUACUGCACAGGCCAUGAGCCGGACUCCAUGGAGUUCAGCUCGGUGGGGGGUUGGGUGGCAACCAGAGCAUCAGGCAUGAAGAAAAACAUCUAUGGCAACAUCGAGGAUCUGGUCAUUCACGUUAAGAUGGUGACGCCACGAGGGGUGAUUGAGAAGAGCUGUCAAGGCCCCCGCAUGUCUACAGGGCCGGAUGUUCACCACUUCAUCAUGGGAUCUGAAGGAACCCUGGGUGUGGUCACUGAAGUGACAAUGAAGAUUCGGCCAAUGCCCGAGUAUCAGAAGUACGGCUCAGUGGUGUUCCCCAACUUUGAAAAGGGUGUUGCAUGUCUUCGAGAAGUUGCUAGACAGAGGUGUGCUCCGGCAUCUAUUCGACUUAUGGAUAAUGAACAAUUUAAAUUCGGUCACGCCCUCAAGCCUCAAGUGUCGUCACUUUUCACCUCAUUUCUGGACGGCCUGAAGAAACUGUACAUCACUAAGUUCAAAGGCUUCGACCAGAACCGCCUGUGUGUGGCCACCCUGCUGUUCGAGGGAGACAGAGAGAAGGUGUUGCAGCACGAGAAGCAAGUUUAUGACAUUGCUGCAAAAUUCGGAGGCCUGGCAGCCGGGGAGGACAAUGGGCAGAGAGGCUACAUGUUGACCUUUGUCAUCGCAUACCUCCGGGACUUGGGCAUGGACUACUAUGUGAUAGGGGAGUCCUUUGAGACCUCUGUACCAUGGGACAGGGUUUUGGACAUCUGCCGGAACGUCAAAGCUCGCAUUAUAGGAGAAUGUAAAGACAAAGGAGUGCAGUUUCCUCCGUAUUCAACUUGCAGGGUGACACAAACAUAUGACUCCGGUGCCUGUGUCUACUUUUACUUCGCCUUCAACUACAGGGGCCUCGCUGAUCCAGUGCAUGUCUAUGAGCAAGUGGAGCAUGCUGCUAGAGACGAGAUCCUUGCUAAUGGGGGCAGCUUAUCACAUCACCAUGGAGUGGGGAAGCUUCGCAAGGAAUGGAUGAGGCAAACCGUUUCCAGCGUGGGUUUGGGCAUGCUGCAGUCCGUCAAGGACUACGUGGACCCCGGGAACAUCUUCGGCAACCGGAACCUCCUCUAA